AAAACUUCCGUGUUUAAGGUUUCACAUGUUUAAAUAUGCGGGUAUACCAUAAACACAAUCGCAGGUUAAGGAAUGUAAACUAGAUGUUUUAAACACAGUCAGAAUGACGAUUUAUGAACGAAUAUUGGUGUUUGGAUUAUGCACUAAUAUAGGCAUGUUAACAGAAGGUAUUUACCCCUAAACUGAUGUCUAUCUGUGCCUUCACUUGUGUACCCUUAACUGGUCGUUUUUACUGCUGAAGAAUACUUGGAAGUGGCUUUUACGUCCGUUAAAUAUAAAGAGAUAUCCGACUAGUUAAAAUAGUGUAAUUACAAUAUCUGCCUAUUGAUGAUAAGGUGGUAAAUACAAAGGAUGGAUAUAUUUUGUAGAAAGAAAUUGUGUUUCGCAAAUACAAAGAUGUCCAAAUCGGAGAACAGAGAUGAUGACAACCACAUAACUUUAUCGAAGGUUGAAUCAAAACCGACCGCCUUCUACGAAUUCCCGGUUGCUCCUGCGUCAAACCAAACGUACGACGGUGGUCUGCAGAACGCAAGCACCAGUAUCAAGGACGCUGUUAAAUAUUAUACAAAAGUAGACAACGGUUAUGCUAAUGCUGAGUCCAAACAUAUCGAUUUAUAUCAUGCACCCUAUGAUCCAGUGGUAAACCAUAGUCAUAGUGGACUAGAUACCGGCAAUACAAAGUCUAAGGAGCAUGAAGCCUCAGCGGCCACAGACGUUACUCAUCAAAAUACGACUACAACACAUGGAAACCAUGACUCAGACACCCAUGCCUACUUUGUACUAGAGAAAGACGGAUUUGAGAAACAGAGAAACACCAUCAGGACUAUUUCAUUAGACGCACACGAUAAUUUUGUUCUAGAAAAACAACAACCAAAUAUUGGCAACAACAACGGUGUUUCAACAAAUGAAGUGCAUCCAUACUUUCUGCUGGAGAAAGAAGGUGCUCAACCGGUACAUGACAUACAUAAAAAACAAGCAAAUCCUUAUUUUGUAUUAGAAAUACAAAACACUGGUAACGCAACACCAAUAAGCACAGCGAAUGUCCUUCAGUUGGACAACGAUGACGGAGAUAUGUAUCAAGAGAUAGAUACAAAUGACACAUACGCGGGCAUUGAUGAUUCACGAGAGGACAACAACGACUACGAUUACACUAACAAGGCAUUCAGGGACUCGAAAAUGGAAAUCUCAGACAACGUUUACAACCAUCUUAACUCUGUUGGCGACGAGUAUGAUCAUGUGGGCAAAGGGCAAAACAACGUUAAAGCGAUGGAAAAUAACUAUGAUAUUAUGCCUAGUGCCGUUAGAAAAUAAAAACGGCUAUGGCAAAGAAACUUCCCGGAUGUGUACAUAGUAUUUGCAUAGAUAUCUAUUCUCUAUUUCUGUUUGAUUUACGUUAGUUUGUAUUGAAAGUAUAUCGUAACGUGCAAUUUUAAAUUGUAUGCAUUAUAAAAUGCGCCCAUAUUUCUAUAUCCUGUUUACGUCGUUAUUCUUAAAUUUAUCGGAUAUUUAUCAUUAAAGCAAACCGAAAUACCAUUUGCUCGUAUGCAUAUAUAUAAUGUGAUUUUGGCAACAGUACAUGUUAAAAUUAGACGAUAAAAAACACAAAGCUAUAAUUUAGUAAUUAUUAUUUCAGAAAACACAAAACAAAACAGAAAGCUCAAAAUGCUAUGUAACUGAUGCUAGUCACACUGGGGGCUGACGAGGUCAAAGCGUAGUCCGUUUCGCUUCGACGUCGGGUAUAUGUUUUACUACGAAAACAUUGUUUAAAUACACAUGACAUCGAGAACGGAUUAGUCGAAAAUUGUGUUUAAAACAGCUAAGACUAUAUGUAUUUAUUAUCGUUGUGUGAAUGAAUAAACUGGUUAUACAGGUUUUUGAAGGUGAUAUAUGUCCAAUGGUGCGGAAAUCAAGAUUUCCUCGUGCACAGAUUUGUAGGUUUAGUCAUUCGACAGGCAAGCAGGGUAGAGCGAAGACUUGAUUUAAAUCGUUUUAUUUAUUUUCUCAACCACAUUUCAUUGUGAAAUUUGAUUUAUUUUUGUGUCGUAUUGGCGUUGGUAAUUUAUUAAUAUGGACAGUCAGGAUGAGAGGAGAGAUCGUCUCGCCGGCGGGGACAGGGCUGGCACAGUAAAUGGACACACGUAGCGACCACGUGGUAGCGGUCAAGAAGGUAGGCCCUCGGGGAUAGAGGAGAAUUGUUUGACGUGUUUGGUUUACAUAUAAUACGCACAUUGUGAACAAAAGUAUCAUUUCUCACGUUUUUCUCUUGUAAAUUGUAGUUUAAAGAGAGGCAUGUCCUUUUUUCGGAAAAUCAUUGGUGCCAAUCCUGAUAUAAUUGACUGUAUUGUCGGCGCUUACGCAUUACCAUUCUUAUAAUUACCUGAAAAAUGUGUAUCUGUAAAUAACCAAUCAGCUUUAAAGCAGAUAGAUUAGCAGAUAUUAACGAGUCGGUGCAGGAUAUGUAAAAUACUGGCUGUAUUGAAGAAUUAAAGGACAUCCCUCAUGUUGUUAGUCAAUCAAGUGUAGCCGUGAAUGAAGCCGGAUGCUGGAUUUGUAAUCAAUGAGGACAAGUCAAUAUAAGUACCAGUUCAGAGGCUAGAAUGGGUAGGAUUAAUCUGGGAUAGCCAAAUGUUUUCUUUUGAAAUUCUCGAUAGAAGAAUAACUGAUUUUAAAAAUACUCUUUUAAAGGUAUUUUCUUCCAUGCCAAUGGUUUCGGCAAGGGAUUUAGCUAGAUGUACGGGGAAAAUUGUUUCAAUGAUGCCUGUUAUUGGUAGUCUGGCUAGGUAAAGAUUAGAUAUCUUUAUUAUGAAAUCGUUUCUAGACCGUCAAUGCAUAGAGUUAUAGCCCUUGAACCAGAUAGCUUAUUUAUUUCCGAAUUUAGAUUUUGGUUAGGUCGCAUAGAUGGCAUACAAUCAAGACAUUUUAGUAAAACUACAUGUGUCGAAGUUUUAAAAGUUUACAGUGAUGCAAGUGGUUUUGCCGGUGGGGCUUAUAUUGUUGAUAUGUCAGGUUUUAUUUUUCACGAUAUAUGGUCAAAUGACGAUUGCAAUACAAGUUCUACUUAUAGAAUACUUAAUGGAGUAGUUCUAGUUUUACGUGCCUAUGGGAUUUUUUAAGGGUGGGGGGCUGUUAAGAGGUUUUCUGACUCUGAAUCACGUGUAAAGUUGGUAAAGGUAGGAAGUUCUAAAAUUGAGUAACAUGAUCUAACACUAAGCAUUUUAGUAUGUGUUUGAAGAUGAAUAUAGGACUAGAAAUACAAUGAAUUCCAAGAGAAUUAAACUCCAUUGCCAGUAUAAGUAAAAUGAGCAAUUCAGAUGAAUGGUAAAUCUCACGAGAUUUCUUUGAGUAUUUAAAUGGUAGCUCGGGUCCGAUUUUGAUUGAUCGCUUGGCUACUGUUAAAAAUGGAAAUACUUAAAGAUAUAACUCAAAAUUCUUUGAUUUUGAAACAGAAGCAGAUUGCUUUACACAGUUUUGGGGUGCCGAUUUGAGUUGGUUGAUGCCCCUAUUUAUCUCGUAGGAAAAACAAUUUUGCACUUUCUAGAAUGCAACGCAUAUGGCGUUUUGGUGGUACACAGAUGGCCUAUUGCAGCAUUUUGGCCAUUCUUAUUUGAGGCUGGUAAUGUACAAAUGCACUUUGAGAAUGAUAUUAUUGUGUUUGACAAAGGGCAAACUAUUUGUAUGAGUAAUAACCACUCUGUUUCAGUUCAAGACCUUUUUCAAGAAAUGUUCUUGCUAUUCGAAUUUAACUAUACUAUAUGUCGUUUAUAUGUGAAUCGGUGAUAUGAAUGGUUUGACUGUUUUGCUAUACUUAUGGUAUAAUUGGGAUUUUUCACGUGUUUAUAUGUGUAGAAAUGAUUAAAUGGAUGUUGUUUUUGUAUAGCCAUUAAGUAUGUAUAGAAACCAUGUUGGUGUAUGUCCGUUUGCACCUGGUGCUUACGAAGUCGUGUUCAGUACACGAGGAAUGGAAUAUUUGCAAAAAAGAAAGCAAAAACAGUACUUGCAAAAAAGAAAGCAAGGGUUAAAAAUAAUAGUUUUAAAAGUAUAAUACUUGCAAAAAAGAUAGCAAGGGUAAUAUUUAUUUCAAAUUGGAAAAUACUUGCAAAAAAGAAAGCAAGGGAAACGGUUUUGUUACAGAAAGUCAAUUUAAAAUGUUGGUGUGUGUGUUUCAUGUCUGUCUGCCUCUGGGAUAGACGCGAUUGUGUGUGGCAUUUCGUGGGCUCAUGGGGUUGUGGGAUCGUGUGGUCGUUGUAAUUCUGGUCUGGUUGUGUUUUCUGAUGAUGGAUUGAAAAGGGCCAAUUCUGGGCCGCUGGUUCGGAGGUGCUUAGUGACUAUAGCGGAUGUGUAGAGGCUUUGAUUCUUUGAUGUGAGAUGUGUAACGGUGUGUUUGGUGCGUUUUUUGGCCAUUCUUAUUUGAGGCUGGUAAUGUACAAAUGCACUUUGAGAAUGAUAUUAUUGUGUUUGACAAAGGGCAAACUAUUUGUAUGAGUAAUAACCACUCUGUUUCAGUUCAAGACCUUUUUCAAGAAAUGUUCUUGCUAUUCGAAUUUAACUAUACUAUAUGUCGUUUAUAUGUGAAUCGGUGAUAUGAAAUGGUUUGACUGUUUUGCUAUACUUAUGGUAUAGUUGGGAUUUUUCACGUGUUUAUAUGUGUAGAAAUGAUUAAAUGGAUGUUGUUUUUGUAUAGCCAUUAAGUAUGUAUAGAAACCAUGUUGGUGUAUGUCCGUUUGCACCUGGUGCUUACGAAGUCGUGUACAGUACACGAGGAAUGGAAUAUUUGCAAAAAAAAAGAAAGCAAAAA